UCAAGGUCUAUACUAUACCCCGUUGCGCUUCCGUCAAAAGGACGCUACAUUUCGCAAUAUGGAGCUACAAGCGCCGUUUGUGCUGGCCCAAUUGCCACGGCCGCUGGGAGCUUCAGCUGGUAAAUGCCAACUAGGGAAAGUUUACGGCGUGGAAGGCUCUAAGAAACGAAAGCGGUAUGAAGUUGCAGCUGCUAUUGACGGGGAGAGCGUGAACAUUUACAAUGUUCAAUUCCCAAAACUGGUCACCUCCUAUGCAGUUCCACCGCAGUCUUCGUUUUCCUGCCCGCCCUGCUCCGUCCGCCAAAAGUCGAGCCCGAAACAAAAUGCAGUUGCAAGAAGGCACACUUAUUGUUCCAUAGAACAGCCAGAGAAUCAAGUGCAGUGUUUCCUGGAUCAGUCGACUACCGGUGCUCACAAUGCGCUAAACGUUUCCAACACCUCUUUCAAGCUAGAAGAUGCCCGGAGCCCUGUUGUUUUCCUUGGCAUUAUCCCGACAGCCCCAGAGGCAGAGAAACAACAGGAUCCCUUCGACGUCCUUGUAGUCCAUAAAGAUGGACGAGUCCGCAGACUCUCGCCGGACCUCAAGACUCAGAAGUGGAAUAUCCUGCCAACCACUGAUGACAAAUCAGCUUCACAUGAAAUCCAGACCGGAUUCCUUGUGGCCUUCGACGACGCGCGCAAGUCACUAUUCAAGAAAAGGCAGGAUAUCGUAGCGACGGUAUUAGGUGAUGAGAUUGGAGCAGAAUCGGGCACUUCCUCAGUGCUGAUACUUGUUUCCCGGCCACAUCACAAGGAGCAAUUGCUCCCCAGCGACUUCGACCUGAUUGUUUUCUCUCUAUCCACCCAGGCUACAGAUGAUGGUUUCUCAAUAAGUCAUGCAAAACGAUUACGACACCUAAUGACUAUUAGUCUACCGAACUUGGAAGAGGAACAGACACCAGUCGACCCCAAAUCACUCCAAUGGAACUUCCAUCCCAGUACUAGCGGAUUGUCAUUGUCUUUUACAAACGGGUUUAUAAUUUACGAUAUAUCUCAAUACUCACCUGAAAUAUUGUCCUACAUGGUUUUUCCCAACGAAAAUUUCUCAUCCAUCAUGCGGAUAUCGCCGCAGUCUGUUAUUGGUGCCGGCAAAUCAUCGGUUGCGAUUUACAACGCACGAUAUCAAUCAAUUCAGGCGGACCUUUCGUUAAAAGAUAUUUCUACCGUAAUCGCCACAAAAUCAGAUGCUGAUAAGGCACCUGUAGUGUUUAUCUCCUAUUUUUCGAAGCUUGGAAUCGCCAUUGCGACACGUGGAGCUACACUUCUUGGUUUCGAUCUUUCAUCAUCUCUUGACCGCUACGACGGGUCUCUGAAACAGUCCGGUGAUGGACUUUUGAUUAAUGCAAUUGGCAAAGGAAUUCAAUUGGCAUCAGAUUCCGUACUAAAGACGGGCACCAAGCCAGCAAAUCACAUGCGGCCUGUGGGACUCUGCGAGCCGGAGGAAGCUGCUCGGUGGGCUGAAAUAAAGAAGCAGCUUGACGCCCUAGCCGAAGUCAAAGAUACUGCAAAUUUUGACAAACUUAUGAAAGAUGCAGUUUGCAAACCCUCAGUAUCAGGUGAAGACGACAAACCCAAACAUCUACCAUCAGCGGCGGCGUUUGUGGAUCCAGAAAAGAUAUCCUUCCUGCUCGGGAAGAUAUUUUCUUUAAGGAUCAGCGACACAGAUCCUAAGACCUCGAAGCUAGUCAUGUCUUUUAUGCCACCCAAAACCUUCCGUUGGCUUAUAAACUCUCAUCACCUCAGCCUAAACAACAUUCGGACCGCUCUUUGUCAGUCCAUGCGCCCGCGGAUGGUGCCACCAAUUCCAAACGGUUCACUAGUACGGGCUCUUACUGAGCCUGGAAUUUCUAUCAAGUUAUUGUUGCAGGUGUUACGGACCCCGAUAAAUCUUGACCCAACCGAACUUGCUCAUGCACUAAAAGUCCUCCUUGACUUCGCGCGCUCUCAUCGGCCCAGGCCAGAGGAGGAAUUACCAAGAACCAUUACCGAAGCCGCUCACCCAGCCAAAGAAAGCAGCUCCCAAGAAAUGACCACUGAAAACCAGAUUAAAAGCUCCCCUGCCCAUCGCGGUAUCGACGCCAUCAUAACGGACGCCACCACUGGCCUAAAUCUAACCCUCACAAAACUACACUUCUACCCCAUCGACAAAGUAACCCAAGCGAUCCGCUCCGCCCUCUCCAACUCCGACACCCUUUCGAUAAUCCACCACCUCCGCCACUCCCUAGCUACGGGCGGCUACACCUCGCGGUUCAUAGAACAGUCUGAGGCGCCCCUUCCGCCCGACCCCAAGAUUCCCACCCUCAGCCUAUCCACCCUGGUCAACCUUCUGACCGCCUGCAUUGACGCCAUAGGACCAAGCGGCUGGAUUUCUGCCGCCACCUUCGCAGGCGCAACAGACAGCGAAGCUAGCCUAAUCGCAGAUAUGAAAUCCGAAAUCUCAGCUGCACUGGUCGGCGUCGAAGAAGCAACGUAUCUCAAGGGCAUACUUCGCGAAUUUGUCAGAUAUGCUGAAACGGCUGCCGCUGGUGCCAACAGUAACAGGGCCGGUAGCGGGAAUAGCAAUAAGAACAAGAAAGAAGAUCAGGCUGAUCAAGCGGCCCCAGCCCUGCCGCGCGGCAGCCGUCUGAAGCGCAAGGAGCGACACAACGGCGCUGAAAUUCUCAUAUAUGACACUGAUAACAUCGAUGGUGCUGAAGGGGCGCUAAAUCGCGAUACCCAGAUGCUUCCUCUGUCGCUUAAGCGGGUGGAAGUUGGAGGGGGUCCGGGACAGGAUGUUGUUGGUACAUCUGCGUCGGGUGAGGAAGUGAGCAGGACUAAGAUCCGGAAGACAGGUGAAGUGGUGGCAAGGACUGAGCGUGAGAUCGGGUAUUUGAGGGCGAAAGCUGUGGGGAAGUAUUCGUUCGAGAGGAUUAUUGUGUAGUAGGCGGCAUUGCGGAACCGUGUCCUUCGCUGUAAGGAAGGAACGGCGGUGUUACUCGAUGGCUUUAUGUGUGUUUGUAUGUUGAUAAUGGUAAAUUAAACCUUGGGAAUGAGUUGGAGAUUACAACUCCUGCUUUAUGUAGAGGUGUGGUUUCUCCAAAACAUUAUUGACUCAAUGCCAAUGAAAUGAUGAUCUCCACAUGGCUUGUGUGCAUUCAGAUAUUGUAGUUUUUAUAUGUAUUAUCAUGCUGUUGUUCUCUUGGAAAUAUUUUGCCUUUUCACAUGUCAUUGGAUUUCAUAACAUACCUCACAUAUCUCAGCACGUUGGAAGCGCGAUUUAAUUUUGAGCUUUGUUUCUAUAAUUGAACAUCUAACGGCGUGAGACAUUGUCUACCAGAGUUUUUCUCAUACAUUCUCAUUCUAUAUUUCACUUUCUUCAUGUCAUUCUCCAUCUUUCAUUGAUAGCUCUAGUAUCAGUGAAUAUACAGUAAUCACAAAUACCUCAUAAUAUCUCCGAUUGCUUACUAGAUAGAAGAUCAAAUCUUCAAAAACUACCUACAUAACAUGAUCUGUAUUAUCUUGAAAUUCC